AUGAAAAAAAAAAUUAUUUGUAGUAUCUUUCUUUUUUCUUUUUUUUUAAUUUUUCGUUUUAAUAAAAUUAUUUCUAUAAAUAUAGAAAAUGAUUAUAUUUCUGAUUUGCUAAAAAUAGGAAUUUUUGAUAAAAAUACUCCAACAAUAAAAAAGGAGAUAUACGAUCAAAUAAAUAAAGUGCAUAAUACAUUUUCUUCAUGUAAAACAUGUAUAAAAUUAAUACAGCUUUUAUGUAAAAUAAUAAAAGACAAAAAAGAAAAAUAUAUAGAUAUUGCAAUAGAAGAAUCUCUUGAAAUAAAUUUAUGUAAUUCUGAUUUAUGGAAAAAAUUCUUUAAUUAUGAUGAAAUUUUAUAUAGUGAAUAUAUUCUAGAAUAUUGCGAACAUACAUUUAAAAUUAUUAAAGAUAAUAUAGAAGAAAAUGUAUAUGAAUUAUAUAAAAAUGUAGAGUUAUUUUAUGAAAAAGUUUGCGAACAUAUUGAUAAAGUAUGUAAAACAGCUAUUAAGGAAGAAAAAUUAAAUUACACCAAUCAAAUAAAAACAAAAUUUAUAUUUCAGUUAUAUUCCAAAUAUUUAAUAGAAGAAGAAAAUUUCAGUUAUACAGAGAAUGGAUUGCCCUAUAAAUUAAUAGAAACCAACAAGAAUAAUAUAAAACUAAAGAAAAGUCACUUUGCUAUAAUUCAAUCUGAAAUUAAAAUAAUACACAAAAACAAUUUGUGUAAUGAUUUUGAGAAUAACAAUUUUCGCUUAAUUAAAAUAGAUAUGUUAGAAGAAAAAGUUCAAGAUUUAUUCUUAAAAAUGAGAGAACAAGAUACAUUUAUCUUUUUUUUUUAUAAUGAAUUUUCUAGUAAAGAUAUUAUACCAAAUGAUUCAAUAUUAGAGAUAAAAAUCAAAAUACAUAAAAUAACCUAUCACAUAAAAGGAGUAGACACAAAAAUUUUUAAAAAUAAUUUAAUUAUUGAUGAUGAAAAAUUUUUAUUAAACAAAUAUUCACUCUCAUAA